GCUUAAUUUGCCUCCUACUCCUCGUCCAGCGCAUCAAACAUCGCUGCAGGUGGCCCGCACUAUCUUGGAGGCAAAUGGACUCGCAAAAGUCCCUACCAGAGACAUCUGGCGCCAGUGGCGACAAAGAGAAGCCAGCUGGCACGGCUGCAGUGGACCAACAACAGCCUAUGUCCAAUAGCCCCCCAAAGGAUCUAUCUUGCGAUGUUCGCGCUCCCUUGCCAUCCGCCUGUGAUAUCCUGCAGCCCUUGUCUUGGUGCACGCCACUGCCGUCGAGUGGCCACUUGGCCGCCAUGCUAAGCCAGGAACGGCAUACUGGGAGUCGACCGUCGUUGACUGAGACACCAGCGGAGCCUUUGUCCCCUGAAUCCUCGACGAUGCAUGCCGCGCCAGGUGGCAGCGUUCAUGCAAGCGGAUCGCACCAAGGAUUCUGUGAAAAUGCAGAUCAAGAGGCAAAACGGGGCCCUAGGUCAGGAUCUGGGCCAGGGGCAGGAUCAAGCGAGCCAGUGAAAAAUCCUCAGAAAGCGGAGUGAAACCGUCCAGCAUCUUCAAGAUACAGAUGAAAAUGGUGUGCGGAAGUGGAAGCGAAAGGUGGUUGAGUAUAGUUGAUUUUUUUUUUCCCCCUUUGUUUUUUUUUUUUUGCUUUGGCUCUCAUUCCAUUAUGAGGGCUUCUCAUGCUACGAUACGCGACACGUGAUCACGACGCAUUGAGGAAUGCCAUGAUUUAUUAAUUCCCACUCGUCUACUAGUAGUAUUGGCAUAAUGGUACUUGUC